AUGCGUCGCGGUCGGUAUGCCCUUCGCGCGGCAGCCUCCGCACGCCUUUCGAGCUCCAGGGCUCACAGACUACAGCCGACGCUGUGGUUCAAGAUUGUACUGCUUAGCAGCUGUCUUGCUGGCCAGCUUGCAUUUGGAGCACUCUCGUCGUUUCCGCGAGGGACGCUGAGGACACGAGAUAGAUGCAGCGUCAUCCUUCGAGCAGAACACAGCCCUGGUCCUGAAGGUCUUUGGUCAGCUCGACCACAAGAUCGUGAGAUGACAAGUGCGGAGAUGCAGCUUCGCUUCGAACGUAAUGGCUUCUGCCAUGUGCCCUCGUUCUUGACUGUGCCUGAGGCUUCUUCGCUAGCCCAGGAACUUGCACAUGUCCAGUCCCUGGAGAUCUGCGAGAUGGCAGCUCUGCAGCACGAGUUGAGGCAGCAUGUUGCCCCAGCUCUUGCGAGAUCCUGCCGCACAACGCAGGACUGCAAGCAAAUGCUGCAGAAAUAUGAGAGGUCAGGGAAGGUGAAGUUUUUGCAAUACUUCAACUUGCAUCGUCACAGUGAUCUGUUGCGCCGAGCUGCUCUAUCUCCUCGCCUGGCUUUGUGGGCAGCUCGCUUGCUAGGUGUCUCUCAGGUUCGCCUUUACCAGGAUGCACUCUUCAUGAAGUACCCCCGACAUGGCCCAACACGCUGGCAUUCCGACCUUGCAUUGGCUCCGUUCGACACGAAUGCUUUCGUGACGGUGUGGCUCGCUUUGACCCCGGUCCCAGCAAAAGGAGGCGCGGGACUCCGGUUUGCACAGGGCAGCCACCGUGACUACACCCUCCAGUAUCAUAGCGAUCUUGCAGACAGCUACACGCAAGACGAUUUGAGCAGCCGCUAUCGCAUAGCCGAAGGCACAGACUUACAGCCCGGAGAUGCAACGUGGCACCACGGCUGGACAUUGCACGCAGCAUCGCCCUUGGAUAGGUCGGCAAGGAGCCCACGGGUGGCCUGGGCUAUCAGCUUUGUAGCCAGUGAUGCCCGGAUACUUCCGGAGGAGUCGCUGAGCAUCGUCCAGGAGGCAGAAGACUCAGUGUCUUUCCGGCCUUGGAUCGGCAAGUUGCGGCCUGGAGGUCGUGCAGAACACGCAAUGUUGAUGCCAAACAAGGGCUGGUUGAAAGAACUGGCUGCCAUGAACUUCUUUCUGUCCAACCGCGGAGAUCUCAACCAGAGGAUGGGCGCCCUGGCCAAGCUCUCCAAGCACUCCGCGCAGUCGGAUCGUGCUGUGGAGACACUGUUCAAAGCCUUGGAUGGAGCCAUGCGGAGACACGAACAUGCGUUGGUCUGGUCGGUCCUCAACUCUUUGAGCAUUCUGGUCUCCAGCGCCUCUUGCUGCCAGAUGCUCUUCACAGCAGGCUUUAUCCCGUUGCUGCAUCGGGUCCUUGAGGUCUACACUGCUUUCUCGGGAAUUCUACCGAAAGCGCUUGCGAGACGAGAUGAGAAGCUCAAGACCAUGACCCAGAAGGCGCCAGAGUUUGUUUCCACCUUCAAGCCCUCCGCGAUACAGAGAAAUCCCGAGACGCUGAAGGAGUGGUGGCUGAAGAAAUCCGUGUCUUUACCCGAGCUUCCCGAGACAGGGUCGGCACCACGUCGACCCUCCAUCGCUUG